AUGACCUUCAACGAUAAGGUCGCCUGGGCCGAGGGGGCGGAGAAAAACAGGGGGCAACGAUUACUCCCCCAUGUCAUUGAUUACUAUGCCCACCAUGAAGCUGAUCGGGUAUUUGCGUCGAUCUUCAAGUCGGGAGAUCUGGAAAAUGGCUUCGAGGAUAUCACAGCGGAGACUAUGGCUACCGCGGUCAACUAUAUGGCCUGGUGGCUGACCAAAAACCUGAAGACGCGCAAUAAGCGACGAACCCUAGCAUACAUUGGUCCGAGCGACCUACGGUAUACUGUCAUUUUUUUGGCCGCAAUUAAAUGUCGGUGGAGGACCUUUUUUAUCAGCCCGCGAAAUCCCAUCACAUUGAAUCUCGGUCUCCUGCAGCAGUCCGAUGUAUCUGCGCUUCUAUACGCAGACACAUUACGAGCACCCGCCAAGUCUUUGCAAAAAUUUGACCCAUCGAUAUCUUGCAAGCAAGUGCCGUCCAUGAACGAGAUAUUAAAAUCUGAAUCGCCUUCAUACCCAUUUGAUGCUUCCUGGCCAGAGCUGAAAGAUGAGAAUUGUCUGAUCUUACAUACCUCUGGAUCGACGGGUCCGCCAAAGCUGGUCAACUACACCCACGCCACAUUCUCCUGUACAGAUAACGAUUCAAAGAUAUCAGUACCGACAGGAAGACGCGCUCAGAACUGUGCGCAAUUUAUGUUUGACACGCCCAGCCGUUACUACUCAUCCUUCCCAAUCUUCCAUAUUGCUGGUAUCCAAGCAUAUAUUCUUAUCCCAUCAUUUUUCCCCACCUCAACUGUGGUGAUAGGCCCUCCUCAUAUCGCUCCAAGCGGUUCCCUAGUAGACCAAAUCAUAAGGGAACAAAAAGUUCGAGCCCUUUGGCUGCCUCCGCAAGCGAUCGAGCAAUGGAUCUCGAACCCGGCAGCGAUAAAGCAAGCAGAGAGUCUCGACUUCGUGGCAUAUGGCGGAGGGACGAUGGCAAAAGCGGCCGGUGAUAAACUCAACAAAGCGACCGACGUGUGCCAAAUCUACGGUUGUCUCGAGGCGGGUCAGGUCCAGAUGCUAGUCCCUCAACGAGGAGACUGGCAAUACUUGGAAUUCAACCCGGCCGAGGAAUGUGACAUGCAAGAAGUCGAUGACGGUGUCUAUGAAUUAGUCUUUCAUAAUGAUGAAAAGUUCCUCGGGCGCCGAACUCUCUCCCACACUUUCCCAGGCGUGCAAACGUGGCGGUCUGGGGAUCUUUUCACCCCUCACCCAACAAAACCAGGUCUCUGGAGCUUUUACUCUCGCACAGAUGAUAUUAUUGUGCUUUCGAAUAACCAAAGAGUGUGGCCUAUCCCAAUGGAAGCCAUCAUCUCUGGCGACCCUCUCAUUACCGGGGCUGUCGUCGUUGGAAAUGGCCGCCCUGAAGUCCUUCUACUCGUUGAGCCAAGAUCUUCGCCCGAGGUAGAUCGCAUGAGCAAGAAGGAGUUUAUCGACGCUAUCUGGCCAAUGAUUGCGCAAGCGAACGGUAUUGCGCCCGCCCAUGGCAAGAUUCGGAGAUCCCGAAUCGCACUCAGUCAGCCAAAUCUAGGUUUUAUUCGGGCGCCCAGGGGAACAAUCUCGCGCAAGCCCACAGAAUCAUUGUACUCUGAAUACAUCACUGCAGCAUUCGUCGAUGGUACCACAGACGAGCAAGGUGAAAUUGGAAUUUUGGAAAAUUACUGGAAGGACGAAGCCAAGAGAUUCAUUGGAUCCGUGGUACAUGACAUUCGCCCUGACAGCAAUAUCAGAGAAACAGACGAUUUCUUCGUCCUCAAGGCCAUGGACUCUUUAUCAGUAUUAGAACUGGGGCAAAAGCUUAAGCUUGGUCUUUCCGGUCGUAUGGACAAGGAAAAGAACACUAUCGACUUCUGGAUGCGAACAAUCUUCGAGAAUCCCACUAUCGAUGGACUUGCAAGCGCCACACUGGACGCAGCUUUUGGAAAGAGUGAAACGGGUCAAUUUCAGCGGAGGUUAAGCGUUGAUAGACUCGUGGACGAUUUCAUAGCUCAUCUCCCUGAAGCUAUAGCAACAACCCCACCCCCACCACUGGUCACAGAAGACAUCGAAGUGGUGCUACUUGGCUGCCAUGGACGCCUUGGCCCAUAUUUGGUGAGAAGCUUACUAGAUGAUGAUCGAGUAGCCGGGAUUAAGUGCCUGGAUCGCGGACCCGAUGUACAGGACACUUUCCAGAUGCGUGUGGAUGAGCUGGGUCUCAAAAUCGAUGCCAAGGACUCGCGAUUACAAUUUAUUCCCAUCGACCUCUCCCAGCCAAACAUGGGUGUACCAGAGGAUCACCUAGAGGAAAUCUGCAUGCACGCUGAUGUCAUCAUCCACAGCAUCUGGACAGUGAACUACGCUCUGUCGUUGGCGUCAUUCACACCAGAAAUACUGAAGAGCGUAUACACUGUUAUCGAAAUUGCGAACCGUGCUGCGUCCCGUCCUCGCGUGGUCUUCACAUCAAGUAUCGGCAGCGUGCACAGGUGGGCGAAAGCCAUAUCUCCUAGCGUACCUGUCCCAGAGGAAGUGAUCAACUGCACUGCUGCAGCAAUGGCAACAGGCUAUGGGCAAUCGAAACAGGUCGCGGAAAGAUUCCUCGCUGCAGCAGGAGCCAAGCUCCAGAUUCCAAUCUCAAUCCUACGCAUCGGGCAGAUUGCCGGUCCUACCAAAAUAGAGGAAGGCGGCAAGUGGGAGAGUCAUGACUGGUUGCAUUCGCUGGCUAUCCUUUCCAAGGCUAGUGGCCUGGUACCCAUCAACCCGGCUCUUAUCAACUGGGUUCCCGUUGAUCAGAUGGCGAGUGUGAUACAAGAGAUUGCGCUACGUGAGAAGCACGAUGAUCACGAAACAGGUACCCCCAACGUGCAACUGUACAACAUUGUGCACCCGCGACCAGUUCCGACAUCCAAGUUCUCGGAGGGACUGCAAAGAUGCAUUUCCUCUCCGCGAUUAGUCACUUAUCCCGAAUGGGUUAAGCAUCUAUCUGGUCUUCCUCCGAACAGAUUGUCGAGGGAGGCGGAGGAGGAGAGGGCUCGUGUUUUGCCUUUCUUUCGGACUAUUGUGAAUGAAGGUUUUGCUCGCUUUGAUAUCCACAAGGCUUUGGCGGUCAGUCCUACUAUGUCUGGGAUGGGGCCUAUUGAGGAAGAGUCGAUUGCCAAGUGGUGUCAUCAGUGGACUGAGACUGAAGAUAUUUAG